AUGCUUCAGCGUGGGUUUCACAAUGCUAACAAUGUGCAGGCUGCUGCGUUGGCGCAACAGCAGCAGGGAAGGGUGCGCGUGAGGGUGCAGAACUGGACGAAUGCGUCGCUGCAGGACUUGCUGAACUUCCUCAGUAGGAACGCUAGAGUGGCCAUACAGGACGCUCAAGUGGAAGGUGCCCUUGCGGUAGGGUAUGUUGGUUCGAGGGAGCAGGCUGAUGCGCUGAGGAAGUGGAACGGUGUCAGAUUUGCCGGGGAUAACCUCAAGAUAGAGAUUGUCGAUACCGGUUCUGGUAACGCGGGGACUAGCAACACGGUGCAGUUUCUCAGGUCAGUGUUGGUGCGUAGGUACAACAGCGAGAACAGAAUGUUGGAUUUGGGCGGUGUCGUGAACGACCAGGAGGUAGCUCAGUCAGGAAUGUUCUCGAACGUCGCAAGGCAGUCGAAGUUGCUGCCAGCACUGCUUAAAGUGGCCUCCAGGGAAGCACAAUUCAUCGUGCUCAGCGUCAACCUUGCAGACAAUAACCUCAGGGACACAGCACAGAUUGCAGACCUGUGGCAGGUGUUCCCCCUGCUUCAGAACUUGUGUCUUGCAAACAACUCGUUGAGCAGGUUCCAACUGCUAUCCUCUUGGAGAAACAAGUUCACAAACUUAAAGGAAUUGCUCAUGGUGAAUAACCCGUUGGCGAAGGACCCAAACUACAAGAGUGAGAUGCUCAUGUUGUUCCCGAAACUGGUAGUCCUAGAUAACGUUAUCGUAAGAGACGAGACGAAAUUGAAGUCUGUUUACUCGUUCCCAGCGGCAAAACAACCUUUCUUCUGCGAAAGCACAGACCUGACUCAGCUCUCAACAGAUUUCUUAUCAUACUUCCUCAACCUUUGGGAUAACAACCGAGAGCAAUUGCUCGGGAUGUACUCGCCACAGUCGCAGUUCAGCGUCUCAGUGGACACGUCGAUCCCACCAUCCACGGUAGACGGAGCAGACCAAAACCCAUCGUUUGGGUAUUACCUGCCCGUCUCGCGCAAUUGCACAAAGGUAUCCACGCCCAAAUUGCUCCAGGAGAGACUGUCCAUCGGGUUUGAGGCCAUUGGCGCAGCGUUCCAAUCGAUACCUAAGACCAAACACUCACUGCUGGAGUCCCCAACUGACUACUCGAUGGAGGUACUUGCCUUCCCGCAGGUCAGCGGGUUCACAGUUACUCUACAUGGGGAAUUCCAGGAGACAGAUAAACCACUCGCUGACACAAUCAACAAACAGGUGAACAAGAAAAGUUACGUCGGCAGGAACAAGAAGUACGGGAACAACACAACCAAUAAACGACUGUCCAAGAAAAGCUUCGACAGAACAUGGGUCAUAAUCCCGGUAAACAACUCCAUGGUCAUCGCAUCAGACCUACUAAGCAUUAGAGCAUACGUUAACCCAUCUUGGAAACCGGACGUAGCUCUUCCCACAGGACCGCAAUCACUGGCCCAACCCCCGGUACAGGCGGGAGCAGCAGCAGCGACUGUCCCCAUGCCAGCAGCAAUACCUACUGUAACACAACCUAUAGGCGCGGGACCACAGCAGGGAGCAACCCCAAUACCGGGACCACCACUGGGUCCUGCUGGCGUGCCACAAUUGGCACCAACAUUGCAGUUACCCAGUGAUGUUCAAAGCAAACUGAAUCCAGUGCAAUUGGAACUGUUGAAUAAAUUGCAUCUGGAAACGAAACUGAACGCGGAAUACACUUACAUGUUGGCAGAUCAAAGCGGAUGGGAUUACCAACUUGCAUCGACCACUUUCCAACAAAGUAUCCCAAACUUGCCCCAGAAUGCCUUCGUGUUAUAG